CCCCGCUCCUUGCGCAUGUCGCAAUGGAGGUCGGCCUGCGGCUGGCGGUUCCUGUGUUCGAAGGGGUGGAUAAAGAGACAUUUCUGCGAGACGUAUACCCGAGGCGCCGUCCAGCUGUGCUGAGGGGCGUGUCUGUGGGUACGUGCUGUGACAGGUGGACAGUGGACUACCUUGCGGAGAGGGGCGGGUCCAAGGAUGUGAAAGUGCAUGUGUCUGCUGAGCCGCAGAUGGAUUUCCUGCACAAGAACUUCCUGUACAGGACGCUACCAUUUGACGUGUUCGUCAGGAGAGCUGCAGAAAAAAAGCAUGCAGAUUUCUUCAUCUCAGAGGAAGAAUAUUAUUACCUCAGAUCAUUAGGAGAGGACCCUCGCAAGGAACCCGCUGACUUGCAGAAGCAAUUUCCAGGCCUGGCGGAGGACUUUUGUAUCCCACAGUUCUUUCAGCCAGGACAGUUUUUCUCCUGUGUAUUUCGCAUUAGUUCCUGUGGUCUGCAGCUGUGGACACAUUAUGAUGUGAUGGACAACCUGUUGGUGCAAGUGAGCGGGAGGAAACGUGUGGUCCUCUACAGCCCGCAAGAUGCUCAGUACCUCUAUCUGUCAGGUGACAAGUCCGAGGUCCUGGACAUUGACAACCCUGACCUGGAACGGUUCCCUGACUUUGUGAAGGCCAGGCGGUACGAGUGUGUGCUGGACCCAGGAGACCUGAUCUUCAUCCCUGCCCUGUGGUUCCACAACACCUUGGCCUUACAGUUUGGGGUGGGAGUCAAUGUGUUCUGGCGCCACCUGCCAGAGGAGAGCUAUGACAAAAGAGACCCAUAUGGGAACAAGGACCUUGUGGCGGCUGCACGGGCCAUGCAGGCUACAGAGCGAGCCCUGCGGGCCCUAGAGGACCUGCCCCCUGACUAUCGGGACUUUUAUGCUCGCCGCAUGGUGCUUCACAUUCAGAGCCGCGCUUACUCCUGCCCACAAGAGGAGGCAGUGCAGAGAGACUACUCAGCGCAAAGCUUGUGAUUCAAUCAGCUACCUCUUUUAAACGGUUGACACAACUAAUGGUGUGAAACACAAAAAAGUGAAGAAAUGGCCACAUUAAAACCCCUCUCUGUCACCUGGAUGGAUGGACUUGUUCCUCACAGUCAGUUGGGCUGCCAUUAAGCUUCUUGCUGAGCUGAGCAGACCAUUUGGAAACUGAUGCAGUAUAGAAAUAUGUUGUGGAAGGGUACAGGUCCCCUAGUGACUAAUGCUGAACUUCAGCAGACAAGUACAAAGAUUUUGUUUAGCUCUGCUAUAUUAUGUGUGUGUGUAUAAUUUAAAAAAAUCAUUUAAAGAAAUUAGUUCAGGCUUUGCCAGUGAGUCAGAAGUUCUCUUGCUGUAGCAUGAGGUACAGAUACAGGUCACUCCUGUACUGUGAUACGUCACCUACUAUAUUUUAUUUUAAUGGGAGAGGGCAGGUACUACAUUAUAUCAGUUUGGGCUGUCGAUCCCUGGAAGUCCAGGUCUAGCUGAAAUAUUCUUCGUCAAGGACCUGAAUUUGAACUGUGCAUAUAAGUUACCCAUAUAUUUGAAGGGUUAAAAUUAUAAGUCACCAGUGCAUCUAAAAAGAAAAUACAUUUUGAAAGAUUUAAAGGAAAUUGGUUUAAUUAUAUGUACUUUAAAAGGCCAUUGUAAUUACUUGGUAGACUGCAGAUGGUCACAUUUUACAAGACAGAUUUAUUAAAAUUGUCCUUUGAUUUUAAAAUGCAGCAGGUGACAUCAUUUUCCUCCUUUUUUUAAUUAACAGUCUUCUAAAACUUUCAUGCACACAUGUUGGAAUUUGUGUGAUGCAAAUGGAGACGAAGUAUCCUCCCUAAGAGACAGUGGCCGUAACUACAGAAUGACCAUACUGAUGUAGGUUUCAAAUAAUAGAUGAUGACUGCAUAUAGAAAUAUAGUUGUGUCCCUACUACUGUGUGAAAGUACCUCUAUUAGUUUGUUGAGCUUUAUGAGUAACUUUUACUGCUGUCUUAUUUCACUUAACGCCACUAAUGGAAAAUGGUACAGUAGGUCCUUAUUUACAAACUUAAUUGAGACUUAGGGUUGGUUCAAUUCUCAAAGUUAGUUGAAUGCAACAGGAAGUGGUCUGGGGCUCCUCCUCAUUCUAUAUGCAGUUACUCAUUUAAUGACCACAGGCAAAAAUGGUUGUGGACUGAGUGACUACUUGGAGAAUCACAUGUCCAUACCUGUAUCCCUCCAUCUGUUGGUCAAGAAAAAAUAAAUUAAUAAUUUCCCAAAAGAUUUGCAAUGGCAAAAAGUUUACUUGAAAGUAUGUAAGUUGGGGACCCACUGUACAUUGAUUAGAGUAUCUAAAGUGGCUUCUUUACCAGCCAUUAUUGAUAAAUCUGUCUUAACCAAUUACACUAUUGAUUUACUAUGAAUUUCAAAAUUAAAGGAUAAAACAUUUUGUUCUGAAACUGACCUAUGACAAACAGAACAUUAAUUUCGCUAAAAUUCCACGUAUACCGCGCACUAAAGUAGCUAGUGCUACAUGGGCAUCUGCUGGACAGCACUGUUGUGUAAGUGACAACCUGGGCUUUGAUGGCACAGAU